GCCGCCGGCCGCGCGCUUCUCCCGCUCUGCCCGGCGCCAUGGCGGAGCUGCCCGCACCGCCCGCACCGGGGGGCCCGAUCCCGCCGGCCCCGGUCCCAGCCGCGUCCCCGGGGGUCCCGGUCCCGGUUCCUUCGGUCCCCGCGGCGCCCCCGCCGGGAGGUUCGCAGCGCCUCCUCUUCUCGCACGACCUGGUGUCGGGCCGGUACCGGGGCUCGGUGCGCUUCGGCCUGGUGCGCCUGAUCCACGGCGAGGAUUCGGACUCGGAGGAGGAGGAGGCGGCGGGGGGAGGAGGAGGAGGAGGAGGCGGAGGAGGCCGGGGCGGCGGAGGAGGAGGUGGAGGCGGAGGCGGCGGAGGAGCCGCCAGCUCCGGUGGCUCCGAAUCGGGCGGCCCCGGGGCGGGAGGCACGGAGGAAGGCCGGGCCUCCCCGCUGCGGCGGGGCUACGUGCGGGUGCAGUGGUACCCAGAGGGCAUCAAGCAGCACGUCAAGGAGACCAAGCUGAAGCUUGAAGAUCGCUCUGUCGUCCCUCGAGAUGUGGUCAGACACAUGAGCUCCAGCGACAGCCAGUGUGGGACUGUGAUAGAUGUCAACAUAGAGUGUGCUGUGAAGCUGGUAGGAACCAACUGCAUCCUCUACCCUGUCAACAGCAAAGACCUGCAACAUAUCUGGCCCUUCAUGUAUGGUGACUACAUAGCCUAUGACUGCUGGCUGGGCAAGGUCUAUGAUUUGAAGAACCAGGUCAUCCUCAAGCUUUCCAAUGGAGCCAGGUGUUCUAUGAGUACAGAAGAUGGAGCCAAGCUGUAUGACGUUUGUCCUCACGUCAGUGACUCGGGUCUUUUCUUUGAUGAUUCAUAUGGCUUUUAUCCUGGGCAAGUCCUCAUCGGGCCUUCUAAAGUCUUUUCCAGUGUGCAGUGGCUCUCGGGUGUGAAGCCCGUUCUGAGCACAAAAAGCAAGUUCAGAGUGGUGGUGGAAGAGGUGCAGGUGGUAGAACUAAAAGUUACUUGGAUCACUAAAAGCUUUUGUCCUGGAGGUACUGACAGUGUGAGCCCUCCCCCCUCUGUGAUCAGCCAGGAGAACCUGUCCAGGGUAAAGCGUCUGGGGUGCUUUGACCAUGCCCAAAGGCAGCUCGGGGAGAGGUGCCUCUACGUGUUUCCAGACAAAGUGGAGCCUGCAAAAAUCACCUGUGAAUGCCCAGAGAGGAACUGCGUCCUGGGUGAAGGAUCGGUUGCCAAGAAGGUGAGGAGGCUGCUGAAGAAGCAGAUAGUGAAGAUCAUGUCGUGCUCCCCGGAGUCUCAGGGUACCACUGAAGCCGCUGACAAAGAGUCUGCUUCAGCCGCUGACCAGAAGGCAGAAGACGUUAAGCCUGGAUCGAAGUGUGAGCUGGACGACUCUUCCAACAGCACACCGAGCGCAGGGGAGAGAAAGGAGGAGCAGCCUGAAGAAACGGGGAAAGAGAAAGGGGGAGCAGCGCGACAGCAGCAGCCUCCCUACCUGCUGAAAGAUGAGGCGUCGUCUGACUACCGGCUUCAGUCCAUGGAGCAAGAUGCUGAUGACGAGGCAGCCGAUGACACCGAUGAUACUAGCUCUGUCACCUCUUCUGCCAGCUCUACCGCCUCCUCCCAGAGCGGCAGCGGCACCGGCCGCAAGAAGAGCAUCCCCCUUUCCAUCAAAAACCUGAAGCGGAAGCACAAGAAGAAGAAGACCAAGAUUUCAAGAGAGUUUAAGCCAGGAGACAGGGUUGCUGUGGAAGUGGUGACCACGAUGACUUCGGCUGACGUGAUGUGGCAGGACGGCACCGUGGAGACCAACAUUCGCUCCAACGAGCUGAUCCCCGUCCAUCAUCUGGACAACAAUGAGUUCUGCCCGGGGGAUUUUGUGGUGGACAAAAGAGCUCAGAGCUCCCAGGACCCCGGCGUGUACGGAGUCGUGCAGUCUGGUGACCACAUCGGCCGUACCUGCGUGGUGAAGUGGUUCAAGCUGAAAUCCAGCGGGGACGACGUGGAGCUGAUCGGGGAGGAGGAGGACGUGAGUGUGUAUGACAUCGCUGACCACCCAGACUUUCGCUUCCGCACUACUGACAUUGUGAUUCGCAUCGGCAACUCGGACGGAGCCACGGCUAAGGAAGAUGAGCCUUCGGUCGGACAGGUGGCUCGCGUGGAUGUCAGCAGCAAGGUGGAAGUGGUGUGGGCUGACAACUCCAAGACUAUCAUUCUGCCUCAGCACUUAUACAACAUUGAGUCGGAAAUCGAGGAGUCGGACUAUGACUCUGUUGACGGCAGCACCAGUGGGGCAUCCUCGGAGUGGGAGGAUGAAAGCGACAGCUGGGAGACAGACAAUGGCCUCAUGGAAGACGACCACCCAAAAAUUGAGGAGUUAGAGCCCGAGGAGCCGGUGGUAGAGGAGGUGAAGAAAGUAGAGGAACAAGUCCAGGGAGCUGUGGCUAUGGCGGUUGCAGAUCUUGCUGCGGAGAAAGCUGGCAAGGACGGAGCCCCAAAGAGCUUCAGAGAACUAAAGGAAGCCAUCAAGAUCCUGGAGAGCCUGAAAAAUAUGACUGUGGAGCAGCUGCUGACUGGUUCUCCCACCUCCCCGACUGUGGAGCUGGAAAAACCCACUCGGGAGAAGAAGUUCUUGGACGAUAUUAAAAAGCUGCAGGAAAAUCUGAAGAAGACCUUGGAUAACGUGGCUAUUGCAGAGGAGGAGAAGAUGGAAGCCAUGGUGGAGACGGAGAAGAAAGAAGAAAAAGCGGAGGCGCAGACACCGGUGAGGUCGGAGUGGCCCAGUGAGACACCGGUGCUCUGCCAGCAGAGCGGGGGCAAGCCUGGAGUCACCUUCACCAGUGCCAAGGGAGAAGUCUUCUCCGUGCUGGAGUAUGCUCCAGACAGCCAUGCCUUCAAGAAAAUGGAGUUCCAGCCCCCAGAAGCAAAGAAGUUCUUUAGCACUGUGCGGAAAGAAAUGGCUCUCCUGGCCACCUCCCUGCCAGACGGCAUCAUGGUUAAAACCUUCGAGGAUCGAAUGGAUCUCUUCUCAGCACUUAUCAAAGGACCCACGCGCACGCCCUACGAAGAUGGCCUCUUCCUCUUCGACAUCCAGCUCCCCAACAUCUACCCCGCUGUCCCGCCUCUCUUCCGCUACCUCUCGCAGUGCAGCGGGAGGCUGAAUCCCAACCUCUACGACAACGGCAAAGUGUGCGUCAGCCUGCUGGGGACGUGGAUUGGCAAGGGGACGGAAAGGUGGACCAGUAAAUCCAGCCUCCUUCAAGUGCUCAUCUCCAUCCAAGGUCUUAUCUUAGUGAACGAGCCCUAUUACAAUGAGGCAGGCUUUGACAGCGACCGGGGCCUUCAGGAGGGCUACGAGAACAGUCGCUGCUACAACGAGAUGACCCUGAUCCGCGUGGUGCAGUCCAUGAUGCAGCUGCUGCGCCGGCCGGUGGAAGUCUUUGAGCACGAAAUCCGCGAGCAUUUUCGCUGCAACGGCUGGCGCCUGGUGUCCCGCAUCGAGUCCUGGCUGGAGACAAAUGAGCUGGUGGAGAGGAGUCACGAACAGGCCAACGGGGCGGAUUCUGCCUCCCUCCUCUCCGCCUGCGGCACCCUGGCCGAGAGCCCCGGAGACAAUGCGGGGGAGUACGGCAGCUCGGCGGAGCAGGGCGCAGCAGCCGAGCUCUCCGACUCAGCGCUCGACGGGAAGGAGGAGCUGGACGACUCGGAGUUCACGACCUCGACGCCCAACGCCGGUGAUCUCCAACAGUACUCAGACUCGGAGAGCACGGGCCAAGCCAGGGGGUCAGACCUGGCCAGAGACCGAACGGACGAGGGGAAGGCUGCCCAGGACUCUGCCUCGCAGCCUAGCGUGAAACCAAAGAAAAGGAGAAAGAGCUACAGGAGUUUCCUUCCGGAGAAGAGCGGUUACCCCGAUAUUGGGUUCCCCCUCUUCCCUUUGUCCAAGGGGUUCAUUAAGAGCAUCCGUGGUGUCUUGCAGCAGUACCGGGCUGCCUUAGCAGGGGCCAAUAUCCCGGAGUGGACAGAGGACAAAUAAACCAUCAGGUUAGGGACAGGCAGGUGCAGGGGAGAAGGGAAAGCAGCAGAAAGGAAAUUGGCAAACGCUGUUACCAGUAAACUGGCUUCUCCUUCCA